UCGCACGACGCGCGCAUUGCUCGAUCCCAAAACCGGUUUGCUAAGCGGUCUCGCCCGUGCCGUGCGUCAGUGCAACUAUACCUAUCGUGCUGUUUUGCAUGCGAUGUUGUUUAUAAAUGACUAGCAGCGAAGAUAACGCAGUGGACAGCGAGAUCUUUGAUGUGAAUACAUAUACACAAGAAUAUAGUGAGAUGACAUGUAGCAGGGAGUUAAUGAGUACGAACAUGGAACAAGACGAGGAUAGAUCGUUAAAGAGAAAUCGAGAAAUGGAUAGAAAUGAAAUAUGGACGACAGUUAUGAGAAAAGGCAAACGCUUUGCACGCGUAGCAGGUGACAAUGACUUAGAUCGGGUCCCAGAAGAUAUUAUUGAGGUAUGCGUCAGUUCUGCCACCGAAAAUUUACCGAGACAGUUCAAGUUGGCUAAAAUGCUUAAAUCAAAUAAUAUACAGGAUGUUAUCAAAAUAAAGUACAUACAUUAAUUUA